AUGCAGUUCCUUCUCCCGAUCCUCACUCUGGCUGGCGCCGCCUUUGCUGGUGUCAUCUCCCGGGACGAGCCCUCCAACGUUCCCGUCGGCAACGCCCCAGAGGUCUCGAUUCAGGCCAUCACGCAUCUUUUCAUCUGCGCCGAUGCCAACUUUUCUGGCCGUUGUGAGAACUUGGAGUCGAACACUGGCCAGUGCUACAACCUCCAGAACGGCUGGAACGACAUUGUCACCUCGCUUGGCCCCGACCAGGGAACGUCUUGCACCAUCUGGGAGAACAACGGUUGCACCGGCGCCUCCAUCGGCGGGAUUGUCAGUCCCGGUAUUUUCAACCUGGCCGACUCCAACUGGAACUUCAACGACAAGGCGAGCUCGUACCGAUGCAACUAG